AUGGAGAAGUAUGACUUGACAAAACAUAUUUUCAACGGUACUUUCGGCAGCGUGUUCGCCGGCGUAAGGCGUUCGGAUCAACUUCCGGUUGCAGUUAAAAAGGUGAAAACGACGUGCAAGUCGUACCCCUCGGACAAGCACGGCAGAAUGGUUAUCAGGGAGGUCCAUUUUCUCGAGCUUGCUUCCGAUAUCGAGAACUGCAUCCGUCUGCUCGAGUGGAAGCACGUGGGUCCGCACCAUUUCUUGGUGAUGGAAAGGCCGGUGAAUUGUUCGGACCUGCAUCAGGUGAUAGAGGAAUUCGGCAUAUUGGCCGAGAACAAGAUACGCCGCAUAUUCCGGCAGACUGUUCGGGCGUGCAUCGCAUGCGCCGAAAAAAGAUUCGUGCACGGUGACAUCAAACCGGAAAACAUCCUCGUGGACCUGGACAGAUGGGACGCCAAACUCAUCGACUUCGGAUUCUCCCGAUACUUCGACGACGAUCGUCCGUUCUUUUACCUCGAAGGUACGACCGAUUACCUUCCACCCGAGUGGGAACGAGAAGGCUGCGUGCGUUCCCUUCCGGCCACCGUUUGGUCGUUGGGCCUCGUCCUGUUCGAGAUGUGCACGUUCUUGGAC